AUGGCGCUUCCUCAGAUCUUAAGGACACCGUCCACAGACAUCUUGGGCGUCAAACAUCCUAUCAUGCUCGCUGGAAUGAACCAGGUGUCGAGUCCGGCCCUGUGUGCUGCUGUCACAAAUGCUGGUGGCUUUGGUGUCAUCGGUGGUGGCACAUACACACCAGAGCAAAUGGCAGAACAGAUUGACAACACCCGAGCCCUGCUGGACGACAAGAACGCGCCGUUCGGAGUAGAUCUCCUCAUCCCUAAAGUUGGCGGAGGCGCCCGAGCGACAAAUUACGAUUACCUCAAGGGCAACUUGGACAAGCUUAUCGACAUUAUCAUCGAUAGGAAAGUGGCGCUCUUCGUCUGUGCAGUUGGUUUGGCUCCAGCACAUGUGGUCAAACGUCUUCAUGAGGGAGGAGUGUUAUACAUGAACAUGUGCGGAGCACCAAAGCAUGCGGUAGCAGCCGCCAGGAACGGUGCUGAUUUUGUUUGCGCAACUGGCAACGAAGCCGGCGGUCACACUGGCGAGAUCCCAACCAUGGUCCUGAUCCCAGCCGUCUACGAAGCCAUUAAGGGGAUCAAGAGUCCUUAUACUGGCAAGCAAGUGCAGCUGGUCGCCGGAGGUGGCUUGUACAACGGCCGAUCAGUCGCGGCUGCCAUGUCGCUCGGCGCUAGCGCUGUGUGGGUUGGUACCAGAUUCAUCUUGAGCAAAGAGUCAGGAGCAUCCAAGUUCCACAAGCAAGAGCUUCUGACAGCUGGCCAUGGUGACGUUGUCAGGUCGACUAUCUUCACUGGAAGACCACUGCACUCCAAAGCCACCCCAUACUUGCGCAGAUGGGAGGAAGACCGACGUGUCGAGAUGUUGGCGCUUCAGGAAAAGGGCAUCAUCCCAGUGCACCAUGACCUCGAGAAGCACCCUGACGACGAAGAAGUACUGGACGGACAGAUCCCCAUUCUCAUGGGAAAGGUUGCGCCAUUAGUCAGAGAAGACUUGCCUGCAAGAGUUAUUGUUGAGACACUUGUGCAAGAAGCAGACAGUGUUCUCAAGGAGCAGCAGCAAUUCAUAGCUAAACUAUAG